UGUGUCGACGUGAUUCGGUUGCGCGCGCGCAUCGUGCGUACUUAACCUUAAAUUCUACGUUGUGAAUUCGUUCGGACACCUGCAAUGUGAAAACAUGUUUGGCAAAUUGAUGUCGGGCAUAUUUCAAUCCCUGCCACGGGCCUCGAACCAACUUUCGCCAAUAGUGCCUGCGACGCCUGUGGUGUGGAGUCCAUGGAAUCUAACAUUUGUCAGAAACAGAAUGAGAUAUCACUUUCCUCAUCCCAGUGAAACGAAACGCAUAAAGAGACAUGGGUGGUUUGCACGACUGGCAACACCGAAUGGUAGGAAAAUUCUCCAAAGAAGAAUCUUGAAGGGCAAACAUGUGCUGUCUCAUUAAUAAUUGUCCAUCCGAUUGAUCGAAUGUAUUUGAAAAUAUAUACUAAGUAAUUAAA